CGCUCCCGGCCCGGCUGCGAGGAGGAGGCGGCGGCGGCGCAGGAGGAUGUACUUGGUGGCGGGGGGCAGGGGGCUGGCCGGCUGCGGGCACCUCCUGGUCUCGCUGCUGGGGCUGUUGCUGCUGCUGGCGCGCUCCGGCACCCGGGCGCUGGUCUGCCUGCCCUGCGACGAGUCCAAGUGCGAAGAGCCCAGGAGCUGCCCCGGGAGCAUCGUGCAGGGCGUCUGCGGCUGCUGCUACAUGUGCGCCCGCCAGAGGAACGAGAGCUGCGGCGGCGCCUACGGGCUCCACGGAGCCUGCGACCGGGGGCUGCGCUGUGUCAUCCGCCCCCCGCUCAAUGGCGACUCCAUCACCGAAUACGAAGUGGGCGUCUGCGAAGAUGAGAACUGGGAUGAUGACCAGCUGCUUGGUUUUGAACCGUGCAAUGAAAACCUUGUCUCUGGCUGCAAUAUAAUCAAUGGGAAAUGUGAGUGUGACACCAUUCGAACCUGUAACAAUCCCUUUGAGUUUCCAAGGAAGGAUAUGUGCCUUUCAGCUUUAAAGAGGAUUGAAGAAGAGAAGCCAGAUUGCUCCAAGGCCCGCUGUGAAGUCCAGUUCUCUCCGCGUUGUCCUGAAGACUCCGUUCUGAUCGAGGGUUACGCGCCCCCCGGGGAGUGCUGCCCCCUCCCCAGCCGCUGCGUGUGCGACCCCGCGGGCUGCCUGCGGAAAGUCUGCCAGCCAGGAUACCUGAACAUACUUGUGUCCAAAGCCUCAGGGAAGCCGGGAGAGUGCUGUGACCUCUAUGAGUGCAAACCAGUUUUCAGCGUUGACUGCAGCACUGUGGAGUGUCCCUCCGUUCAGCAGGCCGUGUGCCCCCUGGACAGCUACGAAACUCAAGUCAGACUCACAGCGGAUGGUUGCUGCACCCUGCCAACAAGAUGCGAGUGUCUCUCUGGCUUAUGUGGUUUCCCCGUGUGUGAGGUGGGAUCCACUCCCCGCAUAGUCUCUCGUGGAGAUGGGACACCUGGAAAGUGCUGUGAUGUCUUUGAAUGUGUUAAUGAAACAAAGCCAGCCUGUGUAUUCAACAAUGUGGAGUAUAGCGACGGGGAUAUGUUUCGAAUGGACAACUGUCGGUUCUGUCGAUGCCAAGGGGGUGUUUCCAUCUGCUUCACUGCCCAGUGUGGUGAGCUGAACUGCGAGAGAUACUAUGUGCCAGAAGGGGAGUGCUGCCCUGUGUGUGAAGAUCCCGUGUAUCCUUUCAACAAUCCCGCUGGCUGCUAUGCCAAUGGUCAGAUCCGUGCCCACGGGGACCGGUGGCGGGAGGACGACUGCACGUUCUGCCAGUGCAUCAACGGAGAACCCCACUGUGUCGCGACGGCCUGCGGACAGAGCUGCAUGAACCCCGUCAAAGUGCCUGGGGAAUGUUGCCCUGUGUGUGAAGAACCAACCUACAUCACAAUUGAUCCACCUGCAUGUGGAGAGUCAUCAAACUGCUCCCUGACAGAGAAGGACUGCAUUUAUGGUUUCAAACUUGAUCACAAUGGUUGUCGAACUUGUCAGUGCAAAAACAGGGAGGAACUUUGCACGGGCCUCAAACGAGGCUGCACCUUGGACUGCCCCUUCGGCUUCCUAACCGAUGCCCACAGCUGUGAGAUCUGUCAGUGCCGCCCACGCCCCAAGAAGUGCAGACUCAUAAUCUGUGACAAGUAUUGUCCAUUUGGAUAUCUGAAGAAUAAGCAUGGCUGUGACAUCUGUCGCUGUAAGAAAUGCCCAGAGCUCCCAUGCAGUAAGAUCUGCCCCUUGGGUUUCCAGCAGGACAGUCGUGGCUGUCUUAUCUGCAAGUGCAGAGAGGUCCCUGCUGCAGCCGGGCCACCCGUCCUGUCAGGCACAUGUCUGUCCAUGGAUGGUCAUCAUCAUAAAAAUGAGGAAAGCUGGCAUGACGGGUGCCGGGAAUGCUACUGUCACAGUGGACGGGAAAUGUGUGCUCUGAUCACCUGCCCGGUGCCUGCCUGUGGCAACCCCACCAUUCAUCCGGGACAGUGCUGCCCGUCAUGUUCAGAUGACUUUGUGGUGCAGAAGCCGGAGCUCAGCACCCCCUCCAUUUGCCAUGCCCCUGGGGGAGAGUACUUUGUGGAAGGAGAAACGUGGCACAUUGACACCUGUACUCAGUGCACCUGCCACAGUGGGCGGGUGCUGUGUGAGACAGAGGUGUGCCCACCGCUGCUCUGCCAGAACCCCACGCGCACCCAGGACUCCUGCUGCCCACAGUGUCCAGAUGAACCUCUCCAGCCUUCCUCAUCCCAUAAUGACAGCGUGCCUAGUUACUGCAAAAAUGAUGAAGGGGAUAUAUUCCUGGCAGCAGAGUCCUGGAAGCCGGAUGUGUGUACCAGCUGCGUGUGCAUGGAUAGCGUAAUUAGCUGCUACUCUGAGUCUUGCCCUUCAGUAUCCUGUGAAAGACCUGUGUUGAGAAAAGGCCAGUGUUGUCCCUACUGCAUAGAGGACACAAUCCCGAAGAAGGUGCUGUGCCACUUCAGCGGGAAGGCCUACGCUGAUGAGGAGCGCUGGGACAUUGACAGCUGCACACACUGCUACUGCCUGCAGGGCCAGACCCUCUGCUCGACCGUCAGCUGCCCCCCACUGCCCUGCGUCGAGCCCAUCAACGUGGAAGGGAGCUGCUGCCCAAUGUGCCCAGAAAUGUAUGUUCCGGAACCAACUAAUAUACCCAUUGAGAAGACAAAUCAUCGUGGAGAGACAGACCUGGAGGUUCCCCUGUGGCCCACACCUAGUGAAAAUGACAUCAUCCAUAUCCCCAGAGACGUCGGUCCCCUCCAGGUAGAUUACAGAGAUAAUAACAGGCUGCACGCAGGAGAACAUUCUUCGCUGGACUCUAUUGCGUCAGUUGUGGUUCCCAUAAUAAUAGGCCUCUCUAUUAUAAUAGCAUUCCUGUUCAUCAAUCAGAAGAAACAGUGGAUACCACUGCUUUGCUGGUAUCGAACACCAACUAAGCCUUCUUCUUUAAAUAAUCAGCUGGUAUCUGUGGACUGCAAGAAAGGAACCCGAGUCCAGGUGGACGGUUCCCAGAGAAUGCUGAGAAUCGCAGAACCAGAUGCCAGAUUCAGUGGCUUCUACAGCAUGCAAAAACAGAACCACCUACAGGCAGACAAUUUCUACCAAACGGUUUGAAGAGAGGCAGUGUGGAUGAGGUUUGGAAAGACAGAAAAACGACUCAGUCUGCUCUUAAACUAGAAUUCGUGCACUUGCUUAGUGGAUUGUUUUGGAUUGUGACUUGAUGUACAGCGCUGAGGACUUCCUGGGCUGGGCUCUGUCGACAGCAGUGUGCAGAACAAGCAUUCCCACUCUUCCUCAAGAUAACUGACCAAGUGUUGUCUUAGAACCAAAGGUUUUAAAGUUGCUGAGAUAUAUUUGCUUGUAAUAUAGCUGUAGAGAUACUUGGGGACGGGGACAGCGAGUUUGGUUGGGGCGAAUGGGUGGGAGGGUGGUGGUGGGAAGACAAAUCGGUCAGCUUGGCUUGGGGAGAAAUCCAGUCCAGUGGCCCAGAGGAUAUUUUUUUCCUGCUGCUCGGAAGACUUGCACUGGUUGCUGCAAAGCUCAGGCCUGAGCGAGCAGGAAAACAAAAAGGCCUUGCGAUCCAGCUGCCGUAACCACCUUAGACUACCAGACGAGCACAUCAGACCCUUUUGAUAGCCAACGCAGGCCUAAAGCCACAUGCUUCUUUUAUAUACAGUCACAGCUGCAGUAGGUGGUGAGGAGGCAAGAGAGAUGGGGUAGCGACAUUUCUCUAAAGCGGGUGAUUAAGGAUAUAUACAGUUAUACUUUUUGCUGCUUUCUUUUUCUUCCAAGCCAAUCAAUCAGCCAGUUCCUAGCAGUCAGCAAAUGAAUAAAACCCGAGUCGUUUCUUGAUGUGAGCACUGGAGCUUUUCUGACAGCAGCGUGGCAGGAAGGAGAAGAGGGUGAAGUACACCAGGCAUUUCCAGGGGCUAUACUUCCUUGUUUGUUGCUUUCUUCUGUUCUGUCUGUUGUUCAUAGUUUUCGUUGAAGCUCUAGCUUAAGAAGAAACUUUUUUUUAAAAAAAAGACUGGGGAUCUUUUUUUCCUUAUUAUAUACUGACUCUACAAAAUAGAAACUACUUCAUUUUAAUUGUAUAUUAUUCAAGCACCUUUGUUGAAGCUCAAAAAAAAUUAUGCCUCUUUAAACUUUAGCAAUUAUAGGAAUAUUUAUGUAACUAUCUUAUGCUUCAGAAAAACAAAAGUAUUUGUGUGCGUGUGUAUAUAAUAUAUAUGCAUAUAUAUUUAUACACAUACAAUUUAUGUUUUCCUGUUGAAUGUAUUUUUAUGAGAUUUUAACCAGAACAAAAACAAACAGGCAUUCCAUAUCAGUGCUUUUGAUCACUUAAAUUUUUGAUUAACACAAAGUCUCAAUCUAUUUGCAGUUUAAUUGGGAAGAGAAACGUGUGAGUGUUGGGUGUAUGUGUGUUUGUGUGUGUAUUGUAUGCACACGCCUUGAGCAGUCAGCAUCAUACCUGCUAUGGAGAAGGUAUUCCUUUAUUAAAGUCUUCCUCAUUUGGAUUUGCUUUUGGUUUUUAAUUUGCUCACUGGCCAGAGACCUUGAUGGCAGUUUAUCUGCAUCACUAAUCAGCUCCUGGAUUUUUUUUUUUUUUC